UUUGUGAAUUAGGCAUCAUGGCAAACUUUCCUACUGACUCGGCAUAAAGCGGCAUAAUGGUGUAAUGGGCGUUAUCGACUAGCUCGCAUUCUGCAUCUGCACGUUUUGAACGGUAGAGUAUAUACUAGAACCAAGGGGCCAGUCCUUGUGAAGUUCUCUAGGGAACUUAACUGGCAAACGCGCCUGGAGCGUACGACCAUGCCAGAACGGCGAUUUCGGCCGGGUUGAUACCUAUCAGGGUAGCAUGUCACGAUGAACGAGUCGGGCUUUUUCAGCACAGCCAGCGGCUCAUUUCACUCCGCCUCACGACCUCCCUCACGAGCAUGGAGCGAAUCGACCGAACGACCCGAAUCAGCCCACUCGAAUGCAUUGGUAGGCGGAACGAGGAGCAUCAGCCAUGAAAUCGAUCAUAUCAAGAAGUUGGUGAUACGUGCCGAGAGUAACCGGCAACAUGCUUCGGGAAGCAUCACCGCAGUGGUGUUUAGGAACAAGAAACAGGAGCCUGUUGGGCGAGAACAGAUAUUUCAUGAAUUAGAUGGGCUGAAAAGGAGGAUCAAACUUGAGCUAUCGCAGGCUGUGGACAGAGCAAAAGAGCAGCAGGCAAAUGUAUUGGCGAGGAGGGCAAGCCAGAUUGAUCCGGGCCAAGAGAGUGAGAGUGAGGUAGAGAGUGUGCUUGAUGAGAGGGACGAAGAGCUUGAGAAAGCACAUGAAGCUUUACAGGUGCAGAGAGGGCAAUUCGAGAGUCUGUUGGAAAGCGCAGAGGAACGUGUCGACUUAUUGACAGGACGGAAUGAAGGGUUGCUUCUGGAGUACAAGCAUCUGGAGGCUGAGCUGAAGCAGGAAAAGGCAGGGCACGCAAGUGCGCUACAGAGUGCGGAAGAACGAUUGGACCGAUUGACAGAGCAGAAGGAGAUUGCUGAAGCGAGGACGAAUCGUGUCGUUGAGGAGAGGGAUCUGCUGAAGCGCGAGCUGGAGGAUCUUGCGACCGAGACGGGCAAGUUGGAAGCUCAGGUGGUGCGUGAGAAGGAGAGAGUGAAGGGCGAGCUGGGAGACACAAAGGUACAGUUGACGAGAGCGACGAAAGAGAAGUCUGCCCUGGAGAGCGAGCUCCAAGCGACACGGAAAUGGGUGGAAGAGCUGAACACGAAGAUUGAAGAUGGGGCAAAAGCGUUGGUGGCAAAGUCGAAAGCCUUUGACGAUUUACGCGUUGAAAAGGGGAGUACAGAUGUGGCGCAUCGAUCAGCCCAAGAAGAAAUCCUGCGACUACAUGCCUUGAACUCAGCGGUGGAGAGUGCUCUGAAGGAGUCCAAUGUGAAGGUGGCCAAAUUGGAGCGCGAGCAUCAAGAUGUCGCAGACCGACUGGAGAUGGUGAAACUGGAACACGGACAUCAGACUCGAAACCAUGAACGAAGCGUCCGUGAGCUGCACAGCAAACAUGAAACAGCAACGAAACAUGCAGUUGAGCUGGGCCGAAAGCACAAAGCCGCCGAGCAGACUAUUGGUGAACUCAAGUCUACGCACGCAGCCGAAAUGGACCGUAUUCAGGCCGAAGAAGCCAAUAAGAUCAAAGAAGUAGAAGCGCAGCACUCUCAUGAGAAGGCAGAGCUACAGGCUGCGCAUGGCGAGGAGCUGGCCAGUGUCAAAGCUGACGCUGCAGCGAAGCUCGCUCAGGAGGAGCAGCGACGGGCUGAUGAUCUUGAGAAGCUUAAAUCCGACCACCGCGCCGCAAUCGACAAUCUUCGACAGGAACACGCCACUUCGCUAGCUGUAUUGGAAGAAGGCCAACAGGCUGCGCUACAGAAAGUGAGAAGCGAGCAUGUCGAAAAGCUGGAUGCUGCUAAUACCGAAGCACGGGAGGUAGCUCGCGUGACUGCAGAGCAACAUGCCAGAGAGCUGCAGAACCACGAGGCUGAGCUUCAAACGUUGCGCGAAGAGCAGCAGGCAGCUAUCGAUGGGCUAGAGUCUGCGCACUCUCAGGCUGUUGAGGCUGCCGAGAAAGAACGGCAAGCAGCUGAGAAGUGCCAUCAGGAGGCGCUCGAAAAGCUCGAGGCUCAGGUAACCAAACUCGAGAAAUGCAAUUCUGCCAUGGGAGUGACGCACGAAAAUCAGAUCAAGGACCUGAAAACGGCACAUGGCGUUGCACUUCGUGCUGUACAAUCACGAUAUGCCGGAAAGAUUGACGAGCUGCAACAAGAUCACCAAGGAAAGAUGGACACAGCAUUGGAGAAGUGGCAGCGCGAAGCUUCUGAAUCAGCUUCCAAUUUCGAGAGCAAGAUUGAAGCGCUGCAGGCUACUCACGCGUCCCGCUGUGCGGGUCUCGUCGCAGAACUCGACAAACUAAAGCAAGAAGCCGAGGCGAAAGAUGUCGAGCAUACAGGCGCAAUCGCGGAGCUGCAAACCAAGCAUACAUUAGCAUGCGAGCGAGAAGUGGCUGAUCAUAAGAAGAACCUUGAACACGAACAGAAACUGACAGCUAAGGCUUCUGAGGAGCUUGCAACUGCGAGGGUUGAGCACACUGACGCUAUCAAAAAGCUGCGAGCGGAGCAUGAUGCUACGGUUGCUGCGCAGAAUUCUGCACAUGAUGAUGUGCUCACAGCUCUACGUGAUACACAUUCUUCGGAGCUUUCCAGCCUCCGGAGCACAGUUGCUCAACUACAAGCGGACAUGGCAUCGUUGGAGGGUGAGCACGAAAGGGUUAGGCGAAAUAUGCGUGAAGAACAUCAGUCUUCUAUCGAAAGAACUACCCUGGAGCACGCCCAAGUCUAUGAGCGUUUAGCUGCAGAGCAUGAACAAGAACUUCGUGACUUGGAGGCCAAGCACAAUGAAGAAAUGGCCAAUAUUCGCGGGGAGCUUGAAUGCUCCAUUUCUGAAUCCAAGGGCGCAGCUGCGGGAUACGAAGAUGCCGCAACAAAGUUGCAUGCGGAGCAUACGGAGGAACUUGCCCUGCUUCGUUCUCGCCAUGACGCAGAAUCGCAGAUUGCGAACGAAGCUCUAGAAGACCUGAAAGGUAAACUGGCAGAGGGGCUCGCUCAGCAAGAGAAGCUAGUUGCAGACAAGGAAAGUGAAGUCCGACGUGUGCGCCUGGAACACGACGCGAUUGUUGAAAGCCUCAAGGCCGAGCACGAGGGACAACUAGCAUCACUGCGAGACCUCGGCGGCAAGACCGAGCAUGAGCGAGAACAAGAGCAUCGGGCUGAGCUGAUGCAGGCUCGUGGGACGGCCAAAGCGGAGUUGGAUAAGGCUCGUGCUGAGCACGCUAUUGCACUCGCAGCGGUGGAGUUUGCCCAAAGAGAGUCUGUGUAUCAGAUGCAAGCGACCCAUGAUCAGCAGCUCAAGAUAUUAUCAGAGCAGCACCAGAAUCGUCUUGACGACUUGCGGAUGACCAUGACCCAACGGCAGGCUAAGCGUGAAGACGACUUUGAAGCAAGUAAAAAGGCUGCAGCAGAAGAGCUCGACAGGUUGCGCCAGGAGCAUGCUAGGAUGUUGGAAGCUGCAAGAUCAGAAGGUGAAUCUAUGCUUGAAGCAAAAUUGGCAGAAGCAGCUGCGAAGACUGAUGUCCUUACAUCUCGUCACGAUCGAUCUCUUUCGGAUGCACAACAUGAGCUGGACCAUAUCCGUCGUGAGCAUGAGCAAGCGCUCGCGAGCGUCAAGCGCACUCUCGAGGGAGAACUUGAUGCCACCAAGACCAUGCACCAAAGGUCGAUAGACGAGCUUAAGGGCCAACUUCAGUCACAGCUGGAUGAGGCCAAGGUAACCCACACCAGAGAGGUAGCAGAGCACGAUCAAGCAUGGAUGGCAAAAAUGAACGAGCUCAAGGAAGAGCAUGCAAAGUCUUUGGCCGAGCUGAUGUCCAACAGUGAUAUGACCACAGCGUCGAAGCUCAAAGAAGUGGAACAGCUCCAUACCGACAAGACAGCCAUGGCAGUCGAGGACGCACGGCGCGAGGCCCAAAAUCGAGCCGCAACGGUCGAGGCCGAGCAUAAGGCUGCACUGGAAGCUGCAGUGCAAAAGGCACGCUCGAGCAGUCAUGCUGAAGUGAGGAAUUUGAAGAAGCGUCACCAGGAUGCUAUGUCGUAUAUCCGAGAAACUGCUCAGACUACGUCCGCGUUUCAGCUUUCGGAGCUUGAGCGCACGCACCGGAAGGAUGUAGAGCAUGCGCUCGAAAGGGCCAAGCAAGCUGCCGAAGUAGAGCGCAAAGAACUGGUAGCUGCACACCAAGAGGCGCUGAACGAGAGUCGAUCCCGUGCAUUGGAGGCGCAGCAGGCAGAGGUCAUGCGUCUGACAACGGAGCAUCAGGCCCAACUUGCCAACCUGGAGGCACGCCUGCAGACGGGCAAUGCCACUCAAGUUUCCGUCCGACAAGCAGCGUAUGAUGCCGAAAUUGCGGCUCUUCAAGCCAGACUAGAUGCGACGAUGACUGGUCAGGCCGAGGCAGAGCGUUCUCUUGCUUCACUUCGGCAGCAAGUUGUGAACGCCGACAAACGCAUUGCUGACGCUAAAGCGGAGUCGGACGGACAUGUCACGGCUCUUGCGAACGAGAAGGACGAUUUGACAUCACAAUUAGUACAAGUCCAGACUUCACUGCGAGAGCUACAGCAGAAGACCUCGGGAGGCUCCAGUAACCGUAGAGCAUCGACUGUUGCCAUUCGCGAAGAAAACUCAAGUCUUCAUGCACAAGUCUCUGUGCUGGAGGCAGAACGUUCGACGAUGCGAUCUCUGCUCGAUAAGCGGCAAGAAGAAAAGAACGAGGUGUCAAGGCAGAACGAUUUCCUGGUGAAGGAACUUGAAAUGCUGCUGCAACAGCGAGCUCGGCCAAGAGACGGGUCACGCAGCUCUGCUGACGCUAUUGUGCAGACUGAUGCCAAUAUCGUGGAGUGGAAAGCCCAUGCGGCUACGUUUGCUCCAAUCCAAGCUGCUCGCCGUAACAUGAACGGCUCACGGCCCAUGACACCUGCUAGUCCCGGCGUUCGACAGGCUCGAGAAGAUGUCGAGAUGGCGUGGAAGUCGAGAUCUUUCGAGGACUACCUCGACAACGCUCGCGCCGAGCUCUCUGAACUUGGAAGUGUGAUCAGUGCCAAUGAGGCAUUAUUCGCUCGCAAGAUCAAUGAGCAUGUUGGCGAGCUGCAACGCGCAAAGGACCAGCUUGCGGCAGAGUAUAAUUUCAGGGUCGAGGCGCUUGCCAAGGACAGAGAUACGAUGGAGCAGUUGAUCACGUCUGAGCAGCACGCACAGUUUGUGAAAGAACGUAAGAAACUUGUUGCAAAGUUUGGAGCGAGCUCAGAUGAUCUGACGGAACGUUCUCUGAUGCUGACGACACUACCUGUGGAUACAGCUGUUGCGUUGCGAACCGCAGAGCGAAAGCUCGUGGAUGACUACAAUCAGCGUAUCACCAAACGCAAGUCGCAGAUCGCUCUGAAGCAUGCCCAAGAGUUCCAGACAAUCACGCAAGACUAUGAUCGCAGCGUCUCAGUUCUGCUCAACAAAAAAAGAAUUCGACUUGAUGGCGACCUUCCGGAUGAACCUUUCCAAUUUGAAGAUGAGUAUGGAGACGUUGCCGACAGUUCUGCGCAACGUGUUCUAGAUCGCAGGAGUAACAUCAAAACGCCUCGAUCGGCAAGGAAAGGGAGCGUCAGUUCGCAGGAGAUGCCACGCGGUGCAGAUAGCUGGGCAGAUCAGGAAGCACCUCGCACUCCGGCUACUCCAGACCAGUUCUUUGAGGUCGACCGCACGCGGUCCAGCGUGCGUUCACGUACAAGUAAUCCGCGUAACGAGCGAUCGAUUCCUCGAUCUGCUUCACGACCAAGAGGUGAUAUCGACAGCCCAGAUGCGACCGCACAUCCAUAUACAAGGAGGGCUCGCCCUGGCUCCAGCAGCAGCAGCCAGCUGCCCCCAACUCCUCAGCUCUAUCAUAGUCGCAAGAGGGAAGCAGCGGAUUUCUCUGCAUCGAACGGGGCCAUCUCGGAGACUUUUUCAGAGACACCCAUGCCACGCACGCCACGAGGCAGGCGGUGGAACAGAGCCAAACCUGUUGAUAUGUCGUCUCAAACCCCUCCUUUCGAACCUGACAGUAGUUUUGGAUCACAACAAGCUGCGUUUGCAGACAUGCGAGUGGUCUCGCUCCAGGCCAAAUCCCCCAGUAUACUGCGCCGACUGAGAGACAAGAUCUCGUUAGAUGGCCAUGCGAAGUCCGAUGCCGUGCGACCUGGAAGCUCAUCGGGCCGGCCUACUUCAGCUGGAUCCAUACUAUCCAAGAGCUCCGUAUUAGGUUGGCGGCCCUCGCAUUCGAAACGCUCCAAGAGCAGACAUUUUUCGAGUGGCAUGAUAUACUACAAGGAUCCCGCGAAGAGUCCGCCUACGCCAGGACCAUACGAAUAGUGAGACGACGACGACGACGACAGACCAUUACACAUGGUGCCACCUGCGACAGCAGAUCGAGAUUCCCAUCUCAGCUUUCAUAUUGCAUGUUGAUAUUGUUGACUUGCGUUCGUUCCCUGCUUUGUAGCUUGCGACAUUUUAUCGAAUUCCCCUUUUUUUUCGCUUACGCCCCUUUGCAAAUAGAUAAAAACCACAAUUGUUAUGUGCACUCACGCUUGAAAUCUGAUCAACAUAGCGAUCUCGCAGUUCCCUCCCUUUUCCCCCUUUCGUUUCCCUCUCCUCCUCUCCUCCUUCUUUUUCCUUCCUCUCAUAGCUUAGAGCUGCGACCUCUACCGUAGAAAGAAAAGUCGUCAGAAAUAUUUCCCAAAGGAAAUCUUUUCUCUCCUAAAGAAGAUGAUGAUGAUAUCUUACAAGAGAGAUUGGAGACAUGGAAAGUGUCUCGUCCUCGGUCCUCUUUGUUAGGUACAUGUAACUUACGGAAGCACCGCAAUACAUUCAAUCUCCACAUCUGUUCCCAAGGGAAGCUGUUUGGCUGCCACGCAUGUCCUGCAGGGUUUGUUUUCGCCCCAGUAGGUGGUGUAGACCUCGUUCAUAGCAGCGAAAUUUGCCAUGUCGUCGAUAAAGACGUUUACUUUGACGACAUUGUUGAUAUUGGUUCCAGCAGCUUCGAGAACUGCUGUGAGAUUCUUGAUGGCUUGAUGCGUGCGAUCUCCAAUGGUGCCUUCGAUGAGUUUGCCGGAGGUGUCGAUGCCGAUGCUUCCUGAGCAGUAGACGGUGCCAUUGGCGACUACGGCUUGACUGUAGAUGCCGGGAAGAGGCUUGGGAGCAUUCUCGGUGAGGAUGAUUUUCUUGUUGGCAGACAUGUUGAUGCUGGUUGGUUGAUGGAUAAUGAGAGGGGUGGAAUGGGGUGGUAGGCACUGUAU